AUGGUCAAGUUACUGAUAGCAAAUAGAGGGGAAAUUGCUGUACGUAUUAUUCAGUCAGCAACUGAGCUUGGCUUUGAGACAGUUGCUGUAUAUACAAAUGAUCAAGAUAAAAGUCACUGCCAGAAAGCAACAGAAUCCGUGAAGAUAUCAUCAUUUUUGAAUAUUAAGGAGAUUAUUACAGUAGCUCAAAGGGUUAAUGCUACAGCCAUUCAUCCAGGAUAUGGAUUUUUAUCUGAAUCAGCGGAUUUUGCAGAACAAUGCGAGAAGGCAAAAAUAAUCUUUGUUGGUCCCUCACCUCAGUGUAUAAAAGCGGCGGGUGAUAAAGUCUCGGCUCGACAAGUGGCAAAGGUUGCCGGAAUUCCUGUUAUUCCCGGUAUAGAGCAGUCAAUAUCGUCUACAGAAGUUGUCCAAUUUGCUGAGGAUAAUGGAGGGUACCCUGUGAUACUGAAAGCUAGAGACGGAGGUGGCGGAAGAGGUAUACGCAUAGUUCACUCCGACCAGGAAGUGCCUGACGCUCUAACGCGCUGCACAAACGAAUCGCCUUCUAAGCAAGUAUUUGUUGAAAAGGCUGUCAUAGGAGCCAAGCAUAUUGAAGUUCAAAUUUUGGGAGAUAAUAAAAACAAUGUCAUUCACUUAUUUGAAAGAGAUUGUUCAAUACAGAGGAGAUAUCAGAAGCUGUUAGAGGUUGCACCUUGCCCAUGCCUUUCUCCCAAGCUUCGUACCUCCAUCCAUCAAGCAGCUAUUCGAUUGGCCCACCAUAUUGGGUAUAAUUCAGCAGGAACAGUAGAGUUUCUUGUUCUGCCAGACAGUGACGUGUUCUAUUUCCUUGAAGUCAACCCUCGUAUUCAAGUCGAGCAUACCAUUUCGGAGCAGAUUACACAGGUUGAUAUAGUUCAGGCUCAAAUAAGAAUAGCUUUGGGAGACACUUUGGCUGAUUUAGGGCUAUCUCAAGGAGUUAUCUAUUCUCCCAAACAACCAGUUGCCAUACAGGCUCGUAUUGUUUCCGAAAAUCCAUUAAACAAUAACAUGCUCUCGGUAGGCAAAGUUAAAGUAGUUCAUUUCCCGCUUGGACAUGGCAUUCGCAUCGAUACAUGGAUACAUCCAGGAUGUGUUGUUCUUCCCGUAAGAGUAUUUGACUCAUUGCUUGCUAAAAUAAUAGUUACCGGUCAAACGUUUAAGGAUGCAGUUUCCAAAUUAAAGCUUGCUCUUGAAGAAACCACCAUUACUGGAGUUGAAACAAAUAUUAGUUUCUUGAUUGCGGUUCUAUCAGAUACCACUUUCACUAGCGAUAGUCUUUCACAAGUACAUGUAAAAACGCUGGAGGAAAAAAUGGAUAGUCUGGUCCAAGUUACAGCUCAAUUGGAUGAACAGAGAAAAAGAAUGGUAUCUAACAAGCGAGACACAGAGACUGCUACUACAGCAACGGUACCUUCAAGCGUACAGUUUAAGCCAGGAGAUGCAUUCAAUAUUGAAAUAGCUGAUGGCGAAGAAGCAGCUGUUCAUUCACUACAGAUAGAUUCUAUUUUUAUCAAUAACUUCCCAGAUGAACUUGUAGCCAUCACUCAAGCCUCAACUCAUAAGCAACCAUUAUCUAUUUCGAUUACUAAAAAAUCAGGCAUCUCAUCUACCAUGCGUAGAAAAGCGAAUUCUCGUCAUCAAGCAGAAGUGGGUGCGCCACUAACUGGUAUGCUAGUCGAAAUUAAUGUAAAUGAAGGCGACAGAGUGCAGGUUGGCCAACAGUUAUAUGUGAUAAGUGCAAUGAAAAUGGAGACUGUUGUCAAUAGUCCUGUAUCAGGCAAUGUUAAAUAUAUUUACGCUAAAGUGAAUGACUUGGUAGAAAGUGGUGAUCUAAUUAUUGAACUAUUGAAGCCAAAAGAGAACAAGUUGUAG